AUGGCGUCUCGGUUCGGCAGAGUUUGUUCGAUGUUAGUGGCAUCUUCAAGGUGUUAUUCCCUGAUGAAUCGAAGAACCACGUCCGUAUUUGUUCCUAAGAAUUUAUGUCUUCGAAUGGCCGGGACAUCCUCAUCAAAUGCGAAGGCGAAGCGAGAAAUGUGAGUACUUGUACAAAGUCAUGCAAUUUGUCCGCAUAGUCAAAUUUUUAGAUUUGUUACGCAAUGCGUGGUCCUUUUUAAUACACGGACGAUCAAAGGUCAUAUCCUCAGUAUUUUUGGUGCUAGUUAAUGUAGCUUCAACACUGUUUUCAAAUGACUUUCUCAAAGGAGAUGACAUGUCGGAGAGUAAAAGACAGUAGAGACGCCAACUUCUGGAAAUCUCAAAGCUGGAAAUUUUUCUCUUUUGUAUACCCCUCCACGAUCAAACUCACUUUACCCUCCCAGGCAAAGUGACCCACCCUACCCCUUUUAUCCAGCCAUGCCCCGUCAGGUCCGGUCCCAAAUCAUUUUUUUCAUGAACUUUAAUCAAAUUUAAUAUACCGUAAAUCUUCUAUUAAGCCCCCCCCGGGAGUUUAUUUUUUAGCUUAAUUGGGAGGGGGUAGGGGAAGGGGGUUAUUUAAUUUUGAACCGAUGAUGGUAUCAGUUCACCAUAGAGAACUACGAUGCAAAGUGGAAAAGUUCAAGUACAAGGAGUUGAAGGUCGUGGAGUGACUAAUGACCUGACCUAAACUGAGAAGCAGUGUUAAAACCUACCGGCCCCUGUAAACCUAUUAGAGCACUCCUGAUAAUCUUGUGUAAAGGACUGCUGGCUGGCAUUGUUUCAAGUUCAACUUAAGGGGGCAGUCUGGUUAAAAGCAUUGUUUUUUUGUUUAUUUCUGAUCCAAGAUUUCAUGCAAUCAACAGAUGACUUCAUUAAGUAUUGUAGUCCUUGGUUCAAUAAUUUUUUGAGAAUUUUGGGAUGAGUUUUCAAACGUUUAUAUUGUAUAAAAAAGGGGGAUGAUAUGUUUAAAAUUUUGUGAAAACUGCAAAAAAUAUUGGAUUCGGGGGGUUGUUAAAAUUUUAAAUAUGAAAUGAGUAAUUAGUAGACACGUAUCAGAUAGUCCACCACCACAACAAGGUGCCUCUGAGCCCAUAUUUAGCAGACAUUUUUCCUUGAAAAGUCCUAAAAUUUCUGUGCAAGUCCUUGAAAAGUCCUUGAAUUUUCUUCAGAUUUGAAUGUAGUGGCCUGGAAAUUGUUUUUUGAUACUUUUUGUUUGUCUAAGACAGAAUAUAAAUCAUAGCUCAGAGAGUUUAAAGGUUAUUUUUACAUAAAGUGCUCUAUGUUUUAUGCAAUAAUUAACUAUCAAUUUAAGACAAGUGAACUGAAAAAUGUAGAGGUUGGCGAAGCAAACAGUUCAAGGCUUAAAGUCUUAUUAGAAUAGACUGGGAAUGUGCAUUUUUGUACAAUCUUUGAAAUGUAUUUAUUAUAUUCCUAGCAGGUGGUCCUUGCAUUGAAAAUGUGAUGUGGUCCUUGAAAAGUCCUUGAAAAAUAGUUGCAUUUUUUUGUAUGAACCCUGGGGUCAUAUAUAUAUAUGUGAGAACAUAAGCUGUUACUGUCGUGCAUUGUCCUUAGAAAUCCUUCCACUUAGUGCCUAUAAUCUGAAAUAUGUGUGCAAAUUAAUUUUUCCUUUUAAAUUUUAGGGUCUCAAUUAAAUUUAUUGAUCGUGAUGGAGAUGAAAUAACAGUUAAUGCAAAAGUUGGAGAUACCUUACUGGAUGUAGCAAAAGACAAUGAUGUUGAUUUAGAAGGUAUUUUUCAAAUUAUAACUGAAAGGAAACAGACAGCCUUACCCACACAUUUUGUCCUUCAUUUUUUUUUACUUCAAGAAAUAAAUUUUCAUCAGCAGACAUUGAGACAAGAUAUGACAAGAGCCAUUUAGUUUUAUAGCAACACAUUUCAGUAUAUCGAUGAAUUGUUCAGUAAUGAGGACUUGAUUAUUACAUCAGUGCCAUUCACCCAUCCGAACUGCAACUGAAAGGACACUUCCACAUCAUCAGCGUUACUGUAAUGUGUAAGUUCUUGACUUGAAAAUAAAAAAAGGGAAUCCCUUAUUUUAAGUUCAUUAGUGUAAGUGGUAGAAACAUUUUGCUGUCGAAGCAACCAUCUUAAUUUUUGACAUGGUCAGACUCAGGAUCAUGGUCAGAAGGAUUUUUGCAUCAAAUGGAACAUUCACUGGAGCUAAUUUAUAAACUGUUAAACCCAAACAACACUCUUCAGUAUAAAUGAACAGUCAUUCUCCUUGAGUUCAUUUUUGUUUGUGCCCUGUAAACUUACAUGUUGUCUGCUCGCAGGAUUUUUCAUACUUUAGGGCAAUGCUCAAGCUAAACAGUCAUCUCUAUAUUGUCCUUAAAAAUCUAAAAUUUUACCUUGAUAUUUUUUUGUAUAAUCGAUUUUAAGAUUUUAAAUUUUUAAAUUUGUUUUACUUGUAAACAUAUCUUACUUUUUUCGUAAUUAUUAAUUAAUGAGUUAGAUUAAUGCAUGAGGGCCCCACUGAAAACCGCCUUGGCGAGUUGGGCUCCCUCUAUAAAUAUUAUUAAUAUUAUUAUUAUUAUUACACGUCCAUUUAUGACUAAAAUUUUGAUGUUAAUAAAAAUUUUCUUUCGUGACAAUAAAGGUUUGCAGUUGUUAACUAUUAUUUUAAGACGUACAUUGCACAUUUGAUGAAACAAAUAAUGGAAAAAAUUCUGCUAAGCUGUGUGGCACUUUAAAAAGUAAGUUAAAAUGCUCUUGUUCAUUGGAUUAUGUUCUGUUGGGAAAAUGUUCAACAGAAGUACCUUGAGAUGGGUCUGAUUUUUCAACUUGGCACCAGUCAUCCACACUGAUUAACUUCUGACUUUGUUUUCCUCCAGGCCAUGCACUGAUCUGCACGUGCACUUCAAAGUUUUAAUUUUUUUUUUAUUGCAAAGCUUGUACAAACCUUGCACUGGUUCUAACGUGUACUUGUAAUUCCACUGAUGAAGGGCCAGGCCCGAAACAUUAACAACUCCAUAUAAAAUACAGCACUUUUGCUCAUACUUUACUUUUUCUUUACAUUACUUACACAUCUUGAUGUUAGGGCUGCAAAGACCUAAUGCAGAUAAUAACUCUUGCCUUCUCCCAAGGCAAUAUAACAUUCUUUUUAACAAAAAUUCCCAAUGAAUUCUUUCCUGAUUUUUAUUCUUUUGUAAUAAUUUUUUAUUCUAUUGUAUUUUUAUCACACUAUAUUUUGGAAUGUUUUCAUUUUCAAAUCAUUUUGCUUAGUGAAGACUGUAGUUCAGGCGGUUAAAAGCUUGCAUUUUUAAUAUGUUUAGCCAGAGAAUGUUUUUUCCAUUUUAGUGUGAUCAAUCCUGUUUGCGGCAUCGCUAUCUGAUGUAAUCCUUCUAACCUGCUAUUCAUGCAUGUUCUUGCCUGGCUGGUCGAAAAAAGUUAAUAUCAUUAAACCUGUUUAAUAUUUUUCGGAGGUCUCUGAUAACUUAAUUUGUUAUAAUAUAUUUAGGUGCUUGCGAAGGUACUUUGUCUUGUUCCACUUGUCAUCUGAUAUUUAAACCUGAUGAAAUGGAGGCAUUAAAUCUGGAUGAACCUUCAGAUGAAGAGCUUGAUAUGUUGGACCUGGCUUAUGGAUUGGAAGAUACGUAAGUGGCCAGCUUCCUAAUAGUUUGUUUUUAGGGCAUCUAGACUUGCUACAAGUCGACCUCUCAUAAGGUCUUAAAAGUGAGCGAAGCGAGCUUCAAUACAUGAGGUUGCGCAGUGAUGGAGUGAGCGAUGAAGUUUGAAUAAUAUUACAAAUUCACUCGCAAAAAAAUGAUCAAUUGACAUAUGUUGUGUCGGGAGCGGCAUGAAAUAUCAUUCACUGUCCUAUUGGCCAAUUGUCAUGAUGUCACCACAACUGGUGAAUUUCGCGCCAAACAGGUAUGAAAAGGCCCUCAAAAUGGCAUAACCAACCAGGAAAAAAAGGACUUUUAGAAAGUCUUUAGGGGAUCUUGAUGCAAAAUAAAGCAUGGAUUUUUCAGUUUUCUUAGAAGUGAAAGGAUUAACCUCCUCACUAUCCUUCUGGAACUUAUAUGUGACUAAAAGUUUUCUUUCAUAUGAAGUUAGUGAAAUACUCCAGGCUUGAAAUUAGUAAAGGCCUCCCAGUGGUUUGGGGGAACAAGGUAACAUGAACUCUUGGUUGGUUGUCAUUUCUACAAAAAUCACUGAAUUUCUUUUUCCUUUUUUUUUUGACAGUUCUCGUCUUGGAUGCCAGAUAUGUGUUACUAAAGACUUUAAAGGGAUAACGUUAAGAAUACCACAAGCCCACAGGGAUGUGCGAGACCUCUGA